UGCAGCGCUUCUGUAUCCAAACGCUACCGGUAUGUUAGCAAAUGUUUUAAAUCAGUAAAAGAUUUUAUAUCAGUGUUUUGUUGUUUUUACGAUGCACCCACUAAACUCUUAAAAGAUGCAAAUGUGUGACGAUUCAAAAUCUGUUAAAGUGUUUAUUUCUGAGCCAAGUUAGCUCUUUUUCAGUUAGCUAAACAUAGCCACGGUAUUGUCAGACCUGUCCACACUGACAGUUCACCUGGAGAGUAUGAAACAAAGAAAAGCUUCCAGAAGACGUUUUUAUUUAGCAACACCACAGCGAGCUGCACCAUGACCGAGAGAGCUGACAAGAACAAACUGAGGCGAAGUCUGUCAUUGUCCAGGAGCAAGAAGAAAGGCAAUGACACGGCUGGGACUUCUGCCAGUGCUGCCACCACAACCCCAAUCAGCUCCUUCUUCAGCAGCCAGCCCCCAUCUAAGCUGGCCUGCCCUCUGUGUGGCCAGAUGGUACCAAGAUUCAGGAUCAAUGAGCACAUUGAUUUGCAAUGUAAGAACUUUGAGAGAGGAGACAGCAGUGCUGCAUCAGCAAGUAAUAGUGUUGUGCCAAGCAUCCAGCUGUCACCCAGAAGGAACCUCCCAAAGUCCCCAGAGCUGGAUCAAAAAAAGGAAGAUGUGGUCAGAGAGACCAAGACCAGUCCUUAUUUCAAAAAGAAUAAUGUUCAACAGGCACCACGGGAGAUAAUCAGUAAGACUGUGGUCAGGACGAUUGACCUGGGAAGUCUCUCCUCCAAGUUAUCUAGAAAGUGUCAUAAAGUACCUGAGAGGACCCAGGCAGAUGAUAAACAUGCACCAGUGCACUCUGAAAAGGAGAAAGAUCCUCCUGAGAUGCUCAGCAGCUCACAGAAAGAAAAUAUUCAGAUUCAAAGUUUGGAGGACAAAGAAGAUUGUGUGACGGUCAUUGACCUGACAACAACCAGUGCUGAGACUCCAGCAACAGUGGUAGAUCAUUUAUGCUCAGAAAAAGGACAUAAGCUUAAACAGAAAGCACCAACACCGGGGACUUUCCAAAAACUGGUUACUCCAAAGUUGAACUCCUCUUCCUCCAAACUAGCAAAGAGGAAAAAGGAAACAACUUCCACUGACAAGGCUGAUUUCAGAAAGAAAGCUAAAUUUGAGGGGAGCAGGGGGCCAGAGGAGCGGUUGUCAAGGGAAAGUAAAGCAGAGACAGCUGAUGCGGAUAAAACUGAGAGUUCAGAGGAAAUUAACGAGAAAAGUGCUGCAGUCGUUAAUAGUGACUCGCUACCAGACUUUGGUGCUCAGCAAACCACCAGUGACCAGGCUGUUGAGAGCUUAGAACAACCUCGGCUUCCCUACUACCUCCGUAACUUCCGGACCGUAUUACAGGCUGUACUGGAAAAUGAGGACGACAGGACAUUAUUCGACCAGGAUGAUAUGUCAUUCGUACAUGCAUUUGAGAAGCUAUCAGUCAUGGGGCAGAAGCUGUACGUGAGGCUCUUUCAGAGGAAGCUGAAGUGGCUUCAAGUUAAUAAACUAGAUUAUCAAGAGAUAUGCAGUGAUCUGGGACCUGUUGCUCAGGAGCUGGUUCAAAACGGUUUUCUACAGUCAGAGAAUGAUCUUGAGGACCUAGGAGAGGCUCUGGAUCUCCUGCCUGCUCCAGAACUCAAAGCUCUGGCUAAGACCUUCCAUCUGGGCAGUUCUGGGACUCAGAAACAGCAGCUAGUGGACGGGCUUCUUCGUCUGAGCAGGCAAAAGUCCCUCUUCUCUCUUACCCCAGCUCAAAACAACAUUAGGGCUGUCAUCCUCAAAAGGGCGAAGCAGCUUGCAGGUUCCUGUGUGCGUCUGUGUCGUGGUCCUCGUGCUGUCUUCUCUCGCAUCCUUCUGCUCUUUUCUCUGACUGACACCAUGGAUGAGGAGGAGAUGGCAGCUGGUGGACAGAACCAGCUUUUUACCAUCCUGCUGGUCAACUCAGGACGUCUGGCCUUCCCGAACUACACAGUACAGCGUGCAGCUAAGGUGUUCCAGGACAGAGAGGACCUGAUCAGAUAUGAAGCAUCUAUGCGAUCCCUGCAAGAGAUAAUCUCUGCUAUGCAGGCAGGUCAGUGGGAAGAGGCCCUAGAGCUUUAUACUGCUGCCAAAAGGGCUUGGCAGGAGCUGAGGAAAAACCAUGACCUCAGUCAUCAGGAAGAGCUGCCUGUGUUCCUGCGCAGCUUCACUACAGGAUGGGCUUACACUCGUAUCUUAUCCAGAGGGGUGGAGAUCUUCCAGAGGCUACGUCAGUAUGAGGAAGCAGUAGGGGAGCUGCAGUCCUUACUGUCGCAGUCUGUUUACUGUCCUGACAGCCGAGGGAGAUGGUGGGACAGACUGGCACUAAACCUUCACCAGCACCUCAAAAAACCUGAGCAAGCUAUUUGUGCUAUUAGAGAUGGGCUGUCAGACACUCUGGUACGAACAGGACAUAAACUCUCUCUGCAUCAGAGGGCUGUUAGGAUGAAAGAGUCCGCCAGCUUCAAGAAGUACCGACUGCAACUCAAAGACUUACAAACUGUUCAUGUCCAAGAUGUCAAACAUGUGACAAUCCGAGGACAGCUGUUUCCUCAUGAGGGAGGCAUGGGGAAAUCUAAGUUUCUUUUACCAGCUAAUGGAGAGGGGAAUGAUAGUGCUGAUGCCACUGUAAUAUGUUCUGUGGAAGAACUGUCUUUAGCACAUUACCGCCAGCAUGGUUUUGACCAAGGGAUCCAUGGUGAGGGUUCAACUUUCUCUACCUUGUUUGGUCUUUUGAUGUGGGAUAUAAUUUUUAUAGAAGGUAUACCAGAUGUUUUCCGAAACCCAUACCAGACAUGUCCACUGGAUCUUUACACUGACUGUUUCUAUGAGAACAGAAAAGAGGCGAUUGAUUCUCGUGUUCAAUUACUCAGCGAGGCGUCUGUGGACACACUACAUAGCAUGUUGGAGGAUGUCUGGACCUCACAGGAGGGUAAAGUGUGUUCAUUGGUCAACUGGGAGCGUUUCUCAUCACUUCAACAGGCACAGUCUCUCGUGUCUUGCCUUGGUGGAGCCUUCUUAGGAGGAGUAAUAGCAAGAAUGUCAAAAGACUAUAGACACUGCCGUGGAGGUUUGCCUGAUCUAGUGGUGUGGAACACCUCAAACAACACUUACAAGGAAACUGCAUAUAGACCUGUGACACGGGUUGUCUGGUUUGCUGUAGCUGGUGGAGGUGAAGGGGCCCAAUGACCGACUGUCCCAGAAGCAACAGAUAUGGCUGGAUGAGCUGCAGAAACUGGGGGCUGAUGUGGAGGUGUGUCAUGUGGCAGCUACUGGAGCCAGAGGAGCUUGUCUGGAAUAAACACAGAAGAGCUGACUGAUAAGAUUUUGCUGCUGCUUAAACAUGAUUUGGGUGCUCUUUCUGAUUCUGGUCAGACCAGAUGCCGAAGAUUAUCUCUAAAAAGUGAAUUUAUCUUCCAUAUAUAACUAAUUUUAUCCUAUUUGAGUAUAGGGAAUGUUGUGGCAAGGAGUGCGCCUUGUGACAUGAUAUUGUCAUCAAGGAAACCACUGCAUUCAACAGGAAGAGCUGCAUCAUGAGGUGAUCAUCACUGAGAACUGCCAGGAUCAGAAAUAGCUUACGGAUAAUCAGAGCUGAUGCAUGACAGGAAAUGGAUCCGACAACCACACUAAACUGAUGGUGGUUCCUUCUCUUUGGCAACACUAUAUUCUCAGGAUCUUGAGUUGCCAAGCAACGUAAACGUUUAGUUGGCUGCUUAUGAAUUGUAUGACAGCUCUACGAGUUCGUUAUGCAAGUAAUUACUGUGGUAAUAUGGCUAUAAAUAUUCAGUUGUGCCACUAUGCCAUUUUACCACUUUUGUUUAAAAAUGACUUGACUAUUGAAUCUAUGUAUGUAUGUAUGUAUGUAAUAAUAUCAAUAAAGAUCUAUGAAUGAUCUAAAUUAAAAUGCAAUGGUAAAAGAGGUAUUCAGAUUUUUACUCAAGUAAAAGCAACAAUACCACAAUUCACAUAAGCUAUUAUCUUAUGGAAGAAGAUGAAAACUAAUAUUUCUGGGAGGACUCCAGGCUUUCCUGCUAGCUUCGUUUUAAGUCAAGUUACUUUAUCAUUAUCAUUCUAAUUAGCUCUUAUUCAUUCUUAAUAUCCUUAUUAGUACAUGGUGACCUCAUGUAUAUUGCAAA